CGCAAUUCCACGGUUCGAGUUUACCGGUAGCAGCGAUUACUCGACACGUUCGAAUUGGAGAUGAAUAUUGUAAUUUGUGAAUAUCUGUAGGCGUUUCAUAUCCAGCAUGUUACUAAGUGCUCGACCCUUUUAUCCGCGUUAAGACGUAAGACGCAGAUAACGUGUCCGAUUUGUUGGCAAUCGUAAUUCCCGGCCGGCGAGCUUUGAGGAAUCGUGUCUAUUCAUGCAGGCAGUUUAAAAGAUCUUCCGUCGUUGAGAAUGCCGGGAUUGAAGAUGUCAUUCUCCGGAAAUGACGGUCGUCGCUUCAGUGAAACAUCAAUUGCCGAUGUGGAUAAAUUAUGUGACCAGCUGCUUACUAAAAUAUCCCGUGGAAAGAUCAACGGUGCCAGCAUUGCGAAAGUUCAGGAGCUUCUUCAAAUCAUCACCAUCAAGUUGUCUGAUCCUUCAUAUGCUCCAUCAGCGAUAAUUCUCAAUCUUGUCACCUCAGCAUUAUCAAGAAGCGAAUGUUCCGCUGUCAAAGACGAAUGCCUGAUGGUAAUACGAGCAGCAUUCAUAACAGACCAGUGCCAGAGUUUGAAUUCCACGAUUCAAUCGUUGAGAGCUCUUAUAAUUUUGAACGAUGGAAGUGAAAACUUUCGAUCAGCGAUAGGAGCUCUGGUGCAGUUUCUGUCCGGGGAAUUAGAAGAAACUACUCUUCUCCCAACGUCGACUCUUCAAGACCUCGUCUAUCGUGAACUCCUUGUCUCGACUGUGAAGUAUUUGAAGGAAAAGGAGAGGCCCUUCGUGAACGAGCUUAGCUCAUUCAUGAGCACUGCCAUUUUCAGUCCGGGGAUCUUCAAGGGGGCGAAGUACAUGUCAAAUCCUUUAUUAGAACACCUUUCGGGAAAAGAAACGUCGGAGGGAAAGGCGUUUUUCGAAUUCUGCGAUGAAGUUCUUACGAAAAUGAGUUCCGAAGAUGCGGCUGUCUUUAUUUCCGAACUUCUAAAUCUCACCCCAGAUGUCGAUUUCCAUGGGAAUGCUUUCCCAGUCCAAGCAUUAUUCGUACGUUUAGCAGAGAACGUCGGAUUAAGUCCAUCACUUUCACAAGUUGACGUCAAAAUGUUACCGGUAUUUUUGGAAAUGUUGCGUUGUUUAAAGUCGAAGAACGUAACUGUCGAAUCCGAUUUGCCUGGGGGAAAGACCAGUUUCAAAGAAUGGUUGACCAAUCUUUUGAGCGUGAUCUUGAAACUCGGCCCAGCGUCUUCAGUAGCUGCGACGUUAUUACUGGAAAUGUAUCCAUCUAUUGCCCUGGAUAACCUCGUCGAGAUCAUGAAAGAAGUUAUUCCUUGGGGAGACGAUAUAAUCAUCGUGUGCUUGAAAUCCUCGUCGCACGCGAGAUUGUUGCCCAAGUUUCUUUCGAAAUUUCUCGCGGUUGUUGAAGUAGCUCCGACUCGUCAGCAAUUCAGCUUCCUUUUGAAGCCACUCUCUGAGGAAUUCAGCCAACUCCCGCAAUCACAAGCGGUGGCGAUCAUGAAAACGUUACAGUUUCACUUGUCGACAGAAGCCGCAAUGAUGACGGUCCUGCUUCCUUGCAUCUCUGCGGGUUUGAGAAAUUUUCAACUACCGCAUGUGAAUCCGUCACUGUGGGUCAGUAAUUUCAGCACGUCGCUGUUGGCCAUGCUCACUACAGUUUCUGCGAAGUUGCACUACGAAAACAUGGAUUUUUGGCGCUUUGUGGUCUUGUGCGGUCAGUGGGUAACGUUUAUUGAGGCUUACAAAACUGCACUCAGUUCGGAAAUCGAAUCGCUACCGGCCUUUGUUGAUCUCUGUCUGUUUCUGAAAAAAAAGCUGAAAGACGCGCCUGAGUUCGAAUCCGGUGAAUUGACAUUAUCUUUGGCGGAUUUGAAGCAAAAGCUGCUUCAUACGGAAGAAUCGAUUCAGGAGGUGAAGUUGCUGAUGCGUUUGCAGAAUGAAGACUCGGGAGUUAUUAGAAGACAUUUGUUUGACCAGAGGGAAUCAGUGAUGACUGUGCGUGUGAUUUCUUGCUCGCUUUUGAAAGCAUGUGAACGAACUGUUGGCUCGAAAAAAAUGUUGAAAGCCCUGAAAGGUGUGAGGAAUUCGAUCGAAAACAUGGAAGACUCGGAGUUGGAAGCGUCCCAUGUUACGCAGUUGUUUUCGUCUCUCUUGGAUACCGUGGCCCAAAUGAAGAAUGAAUCUGAAACGGAAAUUUCAGACGAGAAUUUGCAAAAGCUGCUGGAAUUGACUUCGGUUUCCGUCCCUCUGGAACAUUUACCCGAGGGCAGACGGAUUUGUCUUUAUUAUGCAGUAUUUGUCACGACUUGCUUCUACCCGAAGUGUAAGAAACUUUUUGAAAUGGCAGCUCGUUUGCUGGACAGCCCCGAGCCAAUGAUUGUGCCUUAUGAAACUUUGUUGGCUAUGGUACAACUGUGUGUGACACAUUACAAGGAUGAGAAGAUUAUCUGGAAGUUGGUCUCUCGUAUUGCGCAUGAAGAUGAGAAGUCGUUGAUGCAUCUCAUUCGGACUGUUGAUGAGUCGCAGAUUCUGGUUUUUCUUGCUGCUCGGGCUGUUGGAAAGAAAUCCAGGGCUGUACUAUCGCUGACUGGGGAGAAGCUCAACAAAGCCCUAAAAAACCUCGUUGACGAAUCCCCACUCUUCUCAAGCCCUAAUUUUCACGAUAUCAUAACGGUCAUGUCUAAACUGAAAAACAACCUGUGUUCCGAAAAUGUUCAAAAACUCGUGACAGAGUGGAAGGACAACCGACAGAUCCUGAAUUCGUGUUGCACCGAAGACGUGGAUCUCCUCUUGAAGCUCUUUUCUCACGCGAAAAUCGAAAAUUUGAGCCAAGUGAUCCUGUCUCUGGAAAACUGGACUCCGUUUCUCGAGAAGAGUUACGCCUCUGAAACGCACUGGAUGCAAGAGUUCAUCAGUUCCUUGAGGAAGAGCAAACGACGACUCUCGACGUCUCUCGAAGUGUGUGUGAGCAAGUGUUUGGAGAAGGAAGAAUUUUACCUGGCGUUGAUUCAGCGUUUCGAGCACGAUUUGAAACUCGAAACGAAUGCGUCUCUGGGAACCUUGUGUGCGUUGGGACUCGCGUUCGUGAAAGCUUCGGAAUUCAAGUGUUUCGAGGAACGGGACUCGAUGGCGAUGCGUUUGAAUCACGCUGUCAAAUGUUUCGCUACUGAACCCAGGACUGGUCUUUGGGAGCGAGAGUUGUUGGCGGGUUAUGUUCAGCUGCACACCUUGCUCCUGAGUAGAAUGGGUCCGCAAUGGAUUUUUGUCCAGAGCGGGUACCAAUCGAUUCUGUUUGCAGUUUUGAACGAUGGGACGGAGUUUGAUGCUGUUGGUGUCUUUGGUUUCCUGUCUGCUUGCGAGUUGCUGCAGUCGGCAUUGCGGAAACACGGAUUCGUCGUUGCCGGCUGGGAACACGUGUGGAUUCGUCAUUUCCUCUGGGCCUGGAAGCGUCUCUGCUCUUGGAUGUCACAGUGCAACGACGACUUGGACUUCUUCUCCCGACCCGCGACUCGUUCCCACCUCAUCUCCUGCUCCACUGCUCUAGAACGCGUCGUGGGCUCUUUGAAGCGGCAGUUCAAGGCCGACUUUGCUCGAAUCGCGCCGUACGUGGUGGUGGAAGCGGUGGAGGAGCUGACUGCCAUGUCGGUGGUGCCAGAGUUGAAGAAGCAUUUGCACGGCUGUGUGUUCCGGUGGUUGGAUUUGUGCGACGAAAGGGGGCUGGGGUAUUUGAAAGGUGCGCUUCGAGGCACUGCUUGGGAGGUGUACGAGCGAGUCUACGACGAGUACUUGCGUUUCGGCAAAUAUGUGGGCUUGGUGUGAAGGGAAAGAUGAAAGAAAGGACGACAGGAAAACAUUGUCUUCCGCGUUGUUGGAAAGUGAUCUCGAGU